AUGGAUGCGCUCCGCAACGCGCUUCUCAGCGAGCUCGCCAGCAGAGCCAUAUCCUUCCUGGUGUCCACGUGCGGGAGCAGGCUGAUGCCGGUGCCGGCGACCGUCCGGGAGCGGGAGGAGGAGAGGCUGAUGCACCGUCUGCGGCUCCUGCUCCUGAGGAGCGCCACGAUCGUCGAGGAAGCCGAGGGCCGGCGCGUCACCAACCGUGGCGUGCUACGGCAGCUCAGGGUCCUGAGCGACGCGAUGGUGAGAGGCCACUACGUCCUCGACACCAUCAGGUACGACGCCGGCGGAGGAGAACGGCGGGAAGAAGAAGACGGCAGCAAGGAGGUGGUUCCAGCGUUCGCCCUGUCCAGAUCCACCCUAGCCAAGCGUGCCCGGUGCGAGUUCUCAUCUGAAACCACGGCCACGGCCGGCCCGGCACGCAGGAGGGACACCUCUCUCCAGCUACAGCGGAUGGUUCGCAGCCUGGAGGCCAUCCUCGCCGGCGCCAUGGAGCUGGCCGUGUUCCUGACGGCCUGCCCGCCCGUGUCGUGCCGCCAGCCUUACAGCGCCCAUCUGUUCCUGGACAAGUGCAUGUUUGGCCGACACGCGGAGAGGGACCAGGUUCUUGAAUUCUUGCUGCAAGCUGAGCCGCCGGGGCCGGUGACUGCUGCAAACCCGGGGCCGGGCGUUCUUCCGAUCGUCGGCCCCGCGCUCAUCGGGAAGAGCACUCUUGUGGAGCAUGUCUGCAACGAUGAGAGGGUGCGCGGCCAUUUCUCCCUUAUUCUGUUGCACGCUGCUGCCGGGAGUGCUGGCCUUGGAGGUCUCGGAACCAUGGCCACCUUGAGGGACAACUGCGCGACCAAGCAUCACAGCAGCACGGAAGACGAAAGAUGGUUGCUUGUCAUCGAGCUCUCAGGGGACGUGGACGACGAGGAAUGGAACAGACUCUUCUACUCUCGUGGAAGAUGCAUGCCACGGGGGAGCAAGGUGAUACUCACGAGCCGGUCUGAGAAGAUCGAGAGGUUCGGGACGACACGAGCUGUCCGGCUGAGAUGCCUCAGCACGGAAGCCAUGUGGUAUUUCUUCAAGCUGAGCGCGUUCGGGAGCGCUGACCCAGACGAGCACCCGAAGCUGGCGUCGUUGGCCAUGGACAUGGCGGUCGAGGCGCGGGGGUCGUUCCUGAUCGCCAACAACAUGGCCGCCAUGGUGAGAGCCGACCUCAGCAGCUGGCAGCUCUGGUGCAAGGUUCUCGCGUUGGAGAGGCAUUACAUGCGGAAGAACCUCGUGCUGUUCGGUGAGUACCCGGACGACCUCAAGGCCAAGGAUCGUCCUCGCCGCACUUGGAGCAUGAACAAGCUGCGGAAAUCCAAUGAGUGUUUCCUCGUGUACGAGACUUACCAGAGGUGCUCAGCUCAACCUCAACAGGAGGACCUCCCGGACCCGGAGGUGACGAUGAUGGAUAUGUUGUUGGAACGAGCACAACCACGAGGAAGGUUCGAGGUCUUGUGUUGGAAAUCUGUGCUGCCGCCCUGCUUUAGCUACAUAUGUCAAUGUGAGAUCCGUGGUACAUAUGCCCAAUAG